AUGGGAUUGCCAAAUACUUUUGAGGACGCACACUUAUUGUUUUUUUCCCUGCCCGCAAUUCUUGAAAUCAAGAAAAUUUGUGACAUCAAUAUGGUGCUAUUUUAUGUUUUUGUUGGUUUUCUGAUUUGUGGGGUCAUCAGCUGGGCCUUAUCAUCCGGUGGGCCCGCAUGGAAAAAUGGGCGCUACAAAAUGGGCCGCAUUCCCAUACCCGGGCCCAACGGGCUUCCCAUUUUCGGCAGCUUAUUCAGCUUGAGCCGCGGCUUGGCUCAUCGCAAGCUAGCAUGCAUGGCCUCGAGCCACGCCGCUAAGCGGCUCAUGGCUUUCAGCUUGGGCUCGACUCCCGUCGUAGUAACCGCUGACACGUGCAUCGCACGUGAGAUCUUGACCAGCCCGCACUUUGCCAACCGCCCGAUCAAGGAGUCGGCUAGGCAGCUCAUGUUCAGCCGAGCCAUCGGCUUCGCCCCCGAUGGGACCCACUGGCGGAUGCUGAGGAACAUCGCCUCUACUCACCUCUUUGCGCCGAAGCGCAUAUUAGCCCAUGGGGGGGCUCGUGGACUAGAGUGUUCAGUGAUGUUGAGUGCUGUAGCAAACGAGCAGACCCUCAAGGGGUACGUCCAACUCAGGAAGCACUUGCAAGCCAUGUCCCUGAACACGAUAAUGGAGAUCGUGUUCGGGAAAAGGUACAACAUUACGGAGCACGACGAUGAAGCCCUAGAGCUAAAUGAGCUAGUGGGACAAGGAUUUGAGCUUUUGGGAUCUUUCAAUUGGUCCGAUCAUCUCCCGUGGCUCAAAUAUUUCUACGACCCGUUUCGUGUUCAAAAACGGUGCGCGAUUUUGGUGCCCCGAGUCAAGAAACUCGUCAAGAAAAUUAUUGAGGAACAUCGCGAUAGAGAUGACAGUACUGAUAAGUCACGUGACGAUUAUGACUUCGUCGACCUCUUGCUCUCUCUGUAUGGCCAAGAGAAACUUGACGAAGAUGAUAUGGUGGCUGUCUUGUGGGAAAUGAUAUUCCGAGGCACCGACACAACAUCCCUUCUAAUAGAAUGGAUUAUGGCAGAAUUAAUCCUAAACCCUAAAAUCCAAGCAAAUCUCCACAACGAACUCCAAACCCUAGUGCCAAACGACGCCUUCUUCACGGAUUACGACAUUGCCAGGUCACCCUACCUGGAGGCGGUGGUAAAGGAGGCGCUCCGGCACCACCCGCCGGGGCCCCUCCUAUCGUGGGCCCGCCUCUCGACGGCCGACGUGUGCCUCAACAAUGGCAUGGUGAUACCGGCCGACACGACUGCGAUGGUGAACAUGUGGGCCAUAACCCAUGAUCCGAUGAUCUGGAGCGACCCCUUCGAGUUUAGGCCGGAGAGGUUUCUUCCGUCGGCCGGUGGCACCGUCAUCGACGUGAGGGGUGGUGAUCUGAGGCUGGCGCCGUUUGGGGCAGGCCGUCGGGUCUGCCCCGGCCGGAAAUUAGGGUUGGCCAGCGUGUGUUUGUGUGUGGCUGAGUUGGUGAAGAAGUUUGAAUGGGUUGAGGACAAGUGUAGGCCGGUUGAUUUGGGUGAGGAGUUGAAGCUUUCUUGUGAGAUGAAGAAGCCUCUCUCGGCUAUUGCCAUUCCAAGGGUUAAUUGAUGAUUUAUUUGGUGUCUUGGGUUUCUUUCUAUGUAUAAUUAAGUAAUAUAUAG